UUUCUGCGCGUGGCUCAUGACAACAGCCGCUGGUCAGCAUAACGCAACUUUUGAUUGUUUCUUGACGUUUAAAAGUAACCAAUCAAAACGCUCCUUAGUUCGCGCGCGGUUUUAUCAAGAAGUCCGAUCGUCCGGCCAUAAUAAUGAUGUAAAUCUACUCUUGCAUGCCCCUGUUAUGUCAACACCGCCACCGCCCACAUCACUCCGAGCACCCUCAUCAUCAAGAUCCACAAGUGAGGUCUUGGGUCGCCGAAAUGGUAGCAAGCUGAGGCAGCCUUUCAAAUCUCCGAUACAGGCCACAACAAAACCAAGUGAAGUUAGAAGUGAUAAUCCUCACAAGAUACAAGAACUGCACAAGAAACUCCAUGAACUUGACAGUGAAAUACAAGUACUAAAGAAAGAGUACCAUGAGGAUGAAUUACAGCACCACAUAGAAAAGCUCCAUGAGUACAAUGAGAUAAAAGAUGUUGGGCAGCUCCUGAUUGGAAGACUUGGUAAUUCAUGUGUGAACUUGAAGGCAAGACUACAAGAUCUUUAUAUGCAGAAUUUGGACUAAAUGUUGAAGAUUGAGGUAAAACCUACUUAGUAAAGAUAGCACUUGUCUUUUGUGUUUAACUUUUGUAAAUAUUUAAAGCUGGACUUGAAAACAGAGUAAUCCUGUCUUGAUUGAAGCAUCAGGUAUCCUGAUCAUCAGUCAAAUAUCAUCAAAUAGACAGAGGGGUGUUUUUCCCCUUGUGAUGCCCUUUCUUGCAAGGGGAGCUAGUUAAAGUCGUUAAUAUUUGAAUUACCAUGCAUGCAAACCAAGGAAUACACAAAUCACCCAAACAGCUAUUAUUAGAAAAGACAGACAAAACAAAUCAAGUGUUUUCUGUAUAGGGCUUUAUGUAAAUCAUUGUUUGCACAAUUCCAUUAAAGUUUGUGCAUGCAGCACUAAUAUGUGGUGACUCGCACGAAAACAUACCACCAAAGAGGUUGGAAUUCCCCCCAAUGCGGGCACAAACUUUCCGUUCUUGUGGUGCAUGACAUGACAGAAAACAGACUUUUUUUAGAUUGUGUGAUUGAAAUUUGAGCUUUUCGUCCCUGAACUGAUGCACAGGGCAAUGAUGAUCAAGGAAAAAUUAUCUUAAAAUGCCAAAAUCUGGUUAUGUGCACUUUAGCCUCACGUUAUUUGUGUUUUGAAAAUCAUUCCGUAGAACAAGUAACCUAUAGCUAUUGUAAGUAUUUGUGUCUUCUCUCUCUAUCUGGAAUUGCGCGUUUUCCAGGUUUUUCCGUCAUGUAGAGGUGCAUGCAUUCCACAAACUAGUGGGAGCUUUCUGUUACUGAGGCGCAACUCACAUUCUGUGAGAUGGGUGGGGGCAUACUCUGAAACAGGUGCGGAUUUGGCCAAAUAACUAAAUCUCUAAGGUACGUUUUCAUGUGAGUCAUCACAGCAAAUUACAGUAUCAAAUAAAUAGCAUUUUCCGUAGACUAUUGUCAUCCUUAUAACAUGAUCAUUAUAUUAAAACAGUAUCUUAUAAAGAUCAAAUAAACAACUAGAGAUUAAAAAGAUAUCUAGAAACUAAA